AUGCAAGUCGCCUCCGCCGUCCGCAUCCCCUCGCCCGAGCCGGAGGUCGAGCAGGAACCCCCCCGCAAACGCGACCGCUCGCCCUACGACGCCGGCCCAUCGAAGCGCUCGCGGCGCCACGGCGACGACGACGAUGAUGAUGAUGAUGUUGCACCUCCACGCCGCGAGCGGGGCAGCGACCGCCAGCGCGACCAGAUCGGCAACAGGAACACCGAAGUCGCAGACGACGAUGCGCGCCUCAACCUCUUCAAGAACGCCUUCAGCGCGAGCCGCAAGCUGCCCAUCGACGACUCCAAGACGCGCGCGGGCGGUGCAUACAUCCCGCCCGCGCGCCUGCGCGAAAUGCAGAAGAACAUCACCGACACGGCGACACCCGAGUUCCAGCGCAUGGCGUGGGAGGCGCUGAAGAAGUCGAUCCAGGGUCUGAUCAACAAGACCAACACGGCCAACAUCAAGAUGAUCGUUCCCGAGCUGUUCAGUGAGAACUUGAUUCGCGGACGUGGGCUUUUCUGCAGAGCGAUCAUGAAGGCGCAGGCUGCCAGUCUGCCGUUCACUCCCAUCUACGGCGCGAUGGUGGCUAUCGUUAAUACAAAGUUGCCGCAGGUGGGCGAUCUGCUGGUUAGGAGGCUGAUUGUGCAGUUUAGGAAGAGCUUUAAGAGGAACGACAAGGCUGUGUGUUUGGCGAGCACCAUGUUCCUCAGUCAUCUCGUCAAUACGCAGGUCGUGCACGAGGUGCUGAUUGCGGAGAUGUUGCUCCUUCUGCUCAACAAGCCGUCAGACGACUCGGUGGAGAUUGCAGUGGGCAUAAUGAAGGAGGUUGGCGCGUUCUUGGAGGAGAUGAAUCCGGCGAUUGCGAACGCGAUUUUCGACCAGAUGAGGAACAUCCUGCACGAGGCGGAUAUCGACAAGCGCACACAGUACAUGAUUGAGGUGCUGUUUGAGGUCAGAAGGACAAAGUACAAGGAGCAUGCUGCGAUCAAGGAGGAUCUGGACCUUGUGGAAGAGGAGGAUCAGAUCACACAUAGGCACACAUUGGAGGAUGAUGUCAAGGUCGAGGAUGGUUUGAACAUCUUCAAGUUUGAUGCAGAAUACGAAGCGCACGAGGCUGAGUACCAGAAAAUCAAGGCGGAAAUUCUCGGAGAAGAGGAGGGCAGCGACGCCGAAUACACGGACGCUUCAGACUCGGACGAGGAGGACGAAGAACAAAAGGCGGAAGAUGUCAAGGACCAGACCAACGCCGAUCUCGUCAGCCUUCGCCGAACUAUCUACCUCACCAUCAAGUCGAGCGGGGGCUUCGAAGAGUGUUGUCACAAGCUGAUGCGCAUCAACCUCCCACACGGCCUCGAAAACGAACUCACGACCAUGAUUGUCGAGUGCGCCAGCCAAGAGCGUACGUACGAAAAGUUCUACGGCAUGAUCGGCGAGCGAUUCUGCAAGAUCAACCGCAUGUGGACCGACCUCUUCGAAGAGGGUUUCGCACAUUACUACGAAACCAUCCACCGCUUCGAAACAAACCGCCUGCGCAUCAUCGCCCAAUUCUUCGCACAUCUUCUCGCUACAGACGCGAUUGGGUGGCACGUGUUCCAGGUCAUCAAGCUGAACGAAGAGGACACAACGUCCUCAUCUCGUAUCUUCAUCAAGAUUUUAUUCGAAGAGCUGCUCUCCUUCCUUGGCCAGAAAGACGUCGUUGCGCGCUUCAAAGAACCCAUGUUGCAGGACAGUCUCACAGGGGUCUUCCCUACAGACGCAGACGAUCAGGCGAAGACGCGCUUCUCGAUCAACUUCUUCACCGCGAUUGGCAUGGGUGUGCUUACUGAGGGUAUGCGCGAGUGGCUCAAGAACGCGGCGCCGAAGCCGAAACCACUUCCUGAGCCGGAGAGCGAUAGCGAGGACUCGAGGAGCGUGUCGAGUUACUCGUCUUACUCAUCACGGAGCAAUUCACGCUCACGCAGUAGGAGUAGGAGCAGGAGCAGAAGCAGAAGCAGAAGCAGAAGUCGCACCCCAGCGAGGAGGAGAGACUCUCGAUCUUCGUCGAGAGGAAGGUCAUACACACGCAGUCCCACACCAGACCGCAAGCGUGCCACUGCUGGCAAAGGACGCGCUCGUUCCCUUUCAGACUCGCGCUCUCGGUCACCCUCUCCUGCAUCCCGCAAGAAGCGCAACUACUCUUCCAGCCGCUCGCCUUCACGGUCUCGCUCUCCACCGCCCAAGCGUCGCGGUCGCAGCCCGUCAGAUUCGCUGUCGAGGAGCCCGCCGCCAAAGAGGAGGGGUAGGAGUCCGAGUGCGAGUGUGAGCAGAAGCAGGAGCCCCGUCAGACGGAGGAGAAGCUACAGCUCGAGCAGGUCCAGAUCUCCACCGCCGAAGAAGGCGAAUGGGAAGGGCAAGGCGAGAGCUAGUGAGAGCAGAAGCCGGGGCCCUGUGCGCAGACGGAGAAGUUAUAGCAGCUCGAGGUCGAGAAGCCCGCCGCCACGGAGAAGGAGGGACUCAUGAGGGAGCAAUUUGAAUGAGAUCCCACCCCCAUUGACAACUUACGUCCAACUUCAUAGGAGAUCCCAAAACUUGAAAGCAUUGGAGGUUGCAGAUAUCAAUAUGUAAUUAGCAUAGCAUAGCAUGGAUCUGGGCAAAGUCAGAUUUCAUCGCAUCAAAGUUUCCAUCACGGAGAAGG